CAUCCAUACGCCAAUCACACUGGGACUCGCCAUUUUGAUUCAUCAUGAGUUUGGUAGUAAGACACUCAUCGAUGAGCUCAGUGCAAUGGGGCACUGUGUUUCCUAUACAGAGGUUAGGCAUUUCCUCACAUCUGUGGCAGCAGACCAGAUAUCAAGGACAGAAAGAGGUGUCUACAUCCCAACAGGCCUCACUGGAGUCGCUGAACAUGGAAUUGUUGAUGCAGCCAUCGACAACUUUGACCAAAAUGAAGAUACCCUGGAUGGGAAGCAUACAACUCAUGCUAUGGCUUCUGUUGUGUUCCGAAGAGGCCAAGUCUCCACAGCAGAUACAUGCCUAGCACGGGUUCCAGAGAGGUCCCUCACCACCUUAAACACAUUCGACCUGAAUGGAGAUACACUUCACAGAUACAUCAAAUCAACAAAGCGACCAGAACCACCUGAACUUCCUGAGUUACUAAACACAAACACAACAGUCUCUAAAGCAGCUGAAGACAGAGAUCUGGUAUGGAAGCUGUCCCGAAAUGUAAUUGAGAAUCAGCAGCAUGUCCCUUCAUGGUCUGCAUUCAAUGCCUUCACGUCAGACACUGCUUGUUCAGUAGCCAGUGUACUCUACAUGCCCUUCAUAAGAGAAUCACCCUCAGAAUUGUCCACCAUCUAUACAUCUUUGAUAAGACUUGUACAGCUUGCUGCAGACCUGGGACAGGACCAUAUUCUUGUGACUGCAGACCUUGCUAUUUAUAGUAAAGCACAACAGAUAAUGUGGAGCAAACCACUUCCUUUACAAGGAAAGAUCACAAUGAGACUGGGAGGUAUGCAUAUCACGAUGGCUUACCUGGCAAGCAUCGGAAAGCUGUAUGGCGAUGGUGGACUCUUUGACAUACUUACUGAGUCAGAUGUGUAUGCAGAGGGAACAGCUCGACAGAUGCUUCAAGGGAAACAGCUGGCAAGAGGAGUAAGGAGCAUAAAGCUAGCCUCUGAGGCUCUGUUCAGGCUCUUCUGGAAAGCUAUGCAAUCAUGGCUUGAAAAACAAGGCCAAUGUGCAAUGACUGAAGAACAAGAGCAACUCCUACGAGAUGUACAGCAUGCAUUUCAUGGUAAUGACAAGGCCACUGCUCAACAGUUCAUCGGUGAGGUGGAGACUGAACUCCAUGAGAUUCAGAAGAAAAUCCAGAAGUUCACAAAUGAGGGAGUUAAGCAAUCAGCAACAUUUGGAUACUGGAUAAUGUUCCUAAAUGGUGCUGAUCUGUUGCUACGGAUCCUUCGCUCAGAACGCGAAGCUGACUUUCAACUUCACCUGAAUUGCAUGUGUGAAGUUAUGCCUUGGUUCAGAGCUGCUGGAAGGACCAAUUAUUCCAAGUACAUGCCUGUCUAUGUUGCAAAAAAUGAAAGCUCUUGA